AUGGCUGAGUUGGUGAAAUCGGAGGAGUGUUGUCAGGAAAAUAAGCAAUCUACAGCUGCUUCUUGCUCCUCUGUAUCUGAAGGCAGUGGCAGUGCAAUUCACAAGUCUCCAGGGAUAUGUAGCCCGGCAUCCACAUCACCUUCCCAUCGGAGGACCACUGGUCCUAUCAGGCGCGCUAAGGGUGGUUGGACAGCACAGGAGGAUGAAACAUUAAGGAAUGCUGUGGCAGUUUUUAAGGGAAAAAGUUGGAAGAAAAUAGCUGAGUUUUUUCCUGAUAGAUCAGAAGUUCAGUGCCUGCAUAGAUGGCAAAAAGUUCUGAAUCCAGAACUUGUCAAAGGACCUUGGACACAGGAGGAGGAUGAUAAAAUUGUUGAACUGGUGUCAAAAUAUGGGCCAACAAAAUGGUCUUUGAUAGCUCAGUCUUUACCCGGUCGAAUAGGCAAACAAUGUCGAGAGCGGUGGCAUAAUCAUCUCAACCCUGACAUAAAGAAGGAUGCUUGGACUUUGGAGGAGGAAUUAGCCCUGAUGAAUGCUCAUCGUAUACAUGGUAACAAAUGGGCUGAAAUAGCUAAGGUCCUUCAUGGAAGGACUGAUAAUGCAAUAAAGAAUCAUUGGAAUAGUUCUUUAAAGAAAAAGUUAGAUUUUUAUUUAGCUACAGGAAGACUUCCACCAAUUCCCAAGAAUAGUCCACAAGUUACUGUAAAAGAUACAAUUAGACGUUCUGCUAGUAAAUCAAUACUUGUUUAUUCAAAUAAAGAAUUAAAUGCAGCUGUUGAAACAUCAUCUGAAACUACAGCCAUUAGUAAGCUAGACGACAGUGGCAGGAAUCAAUUUGAGUCCUCAGGAACAGUUAGAGAAGUUGGCGAUUCUUCAAGUGUUCCUGCAAAUGAAUCUGCCGAUUCUGACUGUGUCGAAUGCAAGCCUGGACCUUCUAACAUCGAUCUUAGCUGUAGCAACUCUGAACAAGUUUCGAAAGCUAAUUGGAGAAUAACUUAUGCGCCAAGAUCCGAAAAUUCUGGCCUCAAUGGGCACUCAACUUUUGAGCAUUGUACAAACAAUGGUGACAUGAGCACUACGAGGUUAAUUGGAACAUCUUUGCAAGAAAGUCCAACCUGUGGUUCUCUGUGUUAUAAGCCACCACAGUUAGAUGGUUCAGUUCCCAUAGAUUCUCUUUAUUUAAAUUAUAUCUGCCAGCAGAAUGAGUACUGUUCGAGUCCAACUUUGUCACCUAUUGGCUUCUUCACUCCACCUCGUGUGAAGGGUAGUGAAUUAUGCACUGAGACUCCUGAAUCUAUAUUGAAAAGGGCUGCUAAUACUUUUCCCAAUACUCCUUCCAUAUUGAGGAGGAGGAGAAAUGGGGUCCAAGCACUUCCUAGUCCUAGUAAAGUUUUGAAGGUAGAUAAUGAUCCACGUUCUGCUAAUAAAACAGAGAGAGCCAAUGAGGAUUCUGGUUCAAGGCGUUUCUCCAGGAGUCCAGCAAGCCAUGACAAUGGUAUUGACAUUCCCAAUAAUAAGGCAUUCAAUGCAUCUCCCCCAUAUAGGUUAAGAUCCAAGAGAACAGGGAUUGUCAAGUCAGUGGAGAAACAACUGGAGUUUGCUUUUGACAAAGAGAAGAAUGAUGACAAGAGAAGCAGUAUGAUGACCGAAGAUUGUUUGCAUGAAAAAAAAUUGGUGGCCACAUAG